AUGGAGGCAUCUUUCAUUGAUGCGGUACAGAUGAAAAUGCGUACCUCUUUUUCUGAUCACGGUCCCCGUGCGCCAUGCCUUCACGUGCAGCAUCUGGUGGGAUGUGAGCUUCUCAGAGAUGAGCCUGGUACUGGCAGAAUGAUGACCCUGGAAGCCUUUGAUGGGGAAAGAGGCUUCGAGAGACACUAUGAAAUUCAGGGUGACCAGCAAACUCAGUGGAAAUGGCCUGUGAUAAAGAGUUCGGCACAGUUGGAGUACGACGCAUGGUUGCAUGCUCACCCACCUCUGUGCAUUAGCCAGCUCAAGAAAUAUCUAAAAAAGGAGAAAAAAUGGGUGAUGGCAAGAGUUAGAAACUUGCUAAAACCAAGAGUGAGAGUGAUUGAACACUCUUACAGUGACACGGGUGUAGUUCAGGUUACCUGCCUGGCAACUGGUUUUUACCCUCGACACAUUAACAUGUCCCUGCUUCAGGACGGCCAGCAGGUAAAUGAGGAACGGGUCAAAGGUGGAGGAGUGCUACCUAAUGCUGAUGGGACGUACCAGAUGGGGAAGAGCGUGGAGAUCGGAGCUGAAGAGCAUAGACGAAAGCACACCUACACAUGUACUGUGACUCACCUUAGCCUGGAUAACUACCUUGACAUCAGUAUGGUAUCUCACAUUUCAAGGGCAAGCUUUUUUAAACACGUGAUUUAUCUGUUUACUUGCACUCGUACCUGGAAUACAGAUAAUGAUUUGUUUACAUUUACAGAAAUAAUUCUGUAUUGACACUGUAAGUGAGUGUGACAUUCUAUUUUUCUUUAAAAUAUUUUAUACAUAAACAGCUUUAUACACCAUUGGUAAAUUGUCUUAAUUUUGCAAUCUUAUUUUACACUACAACCUCUCAAGAAUUGUUAGCGUAUACAAAAAUGUUCGAAUCAGUGUUCAUAUAAAUCUAGCACAUUUAUUUCAAUGCCAAGUUGUGUUUAAAUUGCUGACAAAAUGCAUUUCCAACAUAUCAGCCACCAGAACUCCUCAGUAGGUUUUUACUGCAUUUAUGUAUUUGUGAAACUGUA